UUGUUUUGGUUGGUUUGAUGCUCGCUCUGUCGCAGAUUUCAGACCUGUUGAAACGGGCGGACAGAGGAACAUCCCUGACUGGAGGGCCUACAGCGUUCAGUGUCCUCAUUACCAACCAGUGUUUGUGCUGAGUCAUGGCUGGAGCUCUGAGGAUGACUGAAGCUCAUUUUAUCAACUAUGACAAUGACCUACAGCUCAAUUUGAUGCCGUAUGACUACAUUCCUCCAGUGGACAUAAAGACUGAGCCCUACAUACCUGAGACAGCUCACGGUCCAUACGUUCAGAUCAUUGAAGAGCCCAAACAGAGGGGUUUCCGUUUCCGUUAUGAGUGUGAGGGUCCAUCACACGGUGGGCUCCCAGGGGCCUCCAGUGAGAAGAACAGGAGAACCUACCCGACCGUCAAAAUUAAUAACUAUGUGGGCCAGGCCCGGGUAGAGGUGCAGCUGGUGACCCACACCGACCCAGCCCAAGUCCAUGCACACAGCCUGGUGGGACGCCACUGCAAUGAAAACGGCACCUGUACGCUGGACAUCGGCCCAAACGACCUCACUGCCUCUUGUCCUCCCUGUUUUAUCUGCAGAGUCACCCAAUGCCUCAAACCUGAAGAUCUCCCGCAUGGAUAAGACCUGUGGCACGGUUCUUGGGGGAGAUGAGAUCUUCCUGCUCUGUGACAAAGUCCAGAAAGAUGACAUUGAGAUUCGUUUCUAUGAGGAGGACGAUGAGGGAGGCUGGGAAGCAUUCGGGGACUUUUCACCCACCGAUGUUCACAAACAGUACGCUAUUGUGUUCAAAACACCAGCCUAUCACAGCGCAGAGAUCGAGCGGCCUGUCACCGUCUUCCUGCAGCUCAGGAGGAAGAAGGCAGGCGACAGCAGUGACCCCAAACAGUUCACCUACAUUCCUCACCUGCCAGACAAAGAGGAGGUGCUCCGGAAGAAGCAGAAGCUGCUGCCUCACUAUGAGUCCUGGAGAGGAGGAGGAGCAGGGGGGAGAGGAGGAGGAGCAGGGGGGUUCGGAGGAGCUACAGGAGGAGGAGCUGGAGGCUUUCAGUUCCACCAGCAGAUGAACGGAGGAGCAGGAGGUGCUGGAGGAGCUUUUUAUACAGGAAGCUUCACAGGGUUUUCCUCCGGAGGAGAAGCUCAGAUGUCAGGCUCCGCCCCUCAGACAGAUGUUGGCCAGCAGAGGACAGAUGGACAGACGAGGAGCUCUGUGCUGCAGCAGCAGCUGCUUCACAUCGCUGCGUCACUCAGCAGUCGAGUGUCUCAGAGCGCCCAGCAGACCGCCGCUGCACUGCUGCAGUACUGCAGCACUGGAGACGCCCGGGUCCUCCUCGCCCUGCAGAGACACCUGUGUGGCAUCCAGGAUGCCAACGGAGACACUCCAUUACACCUGGCCAUCAUCCACCUGCAGACCACCGUCAUGCAGCAGCUGGUCCAGACUCUGCUGAGCAGCCAGCAGCACCGAGUCCUGAACGUGGCCAACCACCUGCAGCAGACCCCCCUCCACCUGGCGGUGAUCACGCGGCAGCCGAAGGUGGCGGAGCUGUUGUUGAGGGCGGGGGCCGACCCCAGCCUGGUGGACAAAGAUGGACGCAGCCCCCUCCACCUGGCGACACUGAAUGGCGACACUGAGAUGCUGCGUCUCUUGUUGACACACCUGGGAGAACGCCACACCCACCUGGUCAACACGUCAGAUUAUCACGGUCUUCAGCCGCUCCACCUGGCUGUGAGGAGGGACGGAGAGCGCUGUCUCCGCUUGCUGGUGGAAGGCGGAGCCAAAAUCAAUGCCCCAGAGCAGAAGAGUGGGCACACAGCACUUCACCUGGCUGUCAGAGAAAACCUGUUCAAGGUGGCCUGCAUGCUCAUCACAGAGCUGAAGGCCGAUGUUAACGCCUGCACGUUUGGAGGAAACACACCACUACACCUUGCAUCCAGUCUUGGCUCCCCAACUUUCUGUGCCAUGCUCAUUGCUGCAGGAGCUGAUAAGAGUAUGGAGAACGAUGAGCCACUUUUCUUCAGCUCUUCCUCUGAUGAAGAAAACGAACCAACACAGAAGCUCACAGAGCGGGACGCCACCUCUCAGCCAAUCAAAGCUCGUAAGAGACCUGCAGGAGGACACACACCAUUGGACCUUGCUACAUGUCUGAAGGUGAAGAAUGUGUUAAACAAUCAACAGAAUCCAAAGUCGACUCGGCGAGAGAGUAAAAAGAUCAAAGCCAGCAGCAGCUUUGAAGAUGCCAAAAGCUCAGCGCUCGAUGAAGCCACGUUGUCUCGGCUGGUGGAGGUUCUAAGUGUCGGAGACGUUCCCUGGAUGAAACUGGCUGAGAAGCUUGGCAUGAUGACGCUGACUCACCUGUACCAGGAAAGUCCGACGCCGUGCCAACACCUGCUGCAGCACUACAAGGUGGGCGGAGGACCUGUUGAAAAUCUGGUUGAAGCUCUUCAGUCUCUCGGUUUGACAGAAGGAGUCAGACUUCUGAGGAACGCUGAGCUACAACAUGAGAAACACAACACAGAUGCCACUGUUGACAGCGGGUUCAGCAGCCAGCCAGUUGAAGAGCAGGAGGAGGAGACAUCUAUGGCCAAUCAGUGACCAGGAGAAGAGCCUUGUAAAGGUCAUGUGAUCAGCAGAUGUGUGACAGACUCAGCAGGUCAGAAAUGUCUGACCUGUAGGACGUGAACGUUUCAGAACAACUCGUCUCCUCCAAGGACCUGAACACAUGAAGCUGUGGUGGAAACUGAACAAUGAUUUGAAGAAAUAACAUUUGUACCACUUAAAAAACUGAAAUAAAGUCUAAGGGUUUCACCUAAGGCCUGUAACAUAUCACGUUAAAAACUCUUUUUCAAACUUUUUCUUUUGCGUUUUGAAUUAAUUUAUAUAUUUUUCCUUGUUUUUCUUUAUUAAAGAGUUUUUGUUGUUGAUGUCUGAUGGGUUGUGGCAGCACCGCUGACACAAACACAGCUUCACUCACCUGGGACGUCUGGGACAGCAACAGUACCAAAAUCCAAUGUUUCAUAUUGUAAAAACUCCAAAUAAAAAUUAAAAAGUUC